GGAAGUGGGAUCUCACUGCCUCUUCCUGAUGCAGCCGCCAUAUUGGUCGGCUUGAGGGUCAGAAAAUUGCAAACUCUUCUGUAGUUUGGAAGUUCAUUUAAAAACUUGUCAAAAUUCCGCUCUUUAGCCCCAAGAUGCCGUUGGCUCCGUUAGCGGAUCCCUGGAAGCGUAUGGAAGUGGCCCAAGACAAUGAGGCAGGAAGUACAGAGGAUAUGCUCGUCGAUGAUCAGAAUGACAAUUGUGAGAUUGAAUUAGAGUUGACUACAGUGAAAAAGGAAGGCGUGAAAGCUGAUCCCGUAGACUUUGAGCUGUUGAAGGUUUUGGGACAAGGGUCCUUUGGAAAGGUUUUCCUUGUGAGGAAGAUAACGGGAGAAGAUGCUGGGACUCUCUAUGCCAUGAAGGUGCUAAAGAAAGCCACACUUAAAGUCCGUGAUCGACAAAGGACCAAAAUGGAGCGGGACAUCUUGGCAGAUGUUAAUCAUCCUUUCAUCGUUCACUUACACUAUGCAUUUCAAACAGAAGGUAAACUCUACUUGAUUUUGGAGUUUCUUCGUGGCGGGGACCUUUUCACACGUCUCUCUAAAGAGGUCAUGUUUACGGAGGAAGAUGUCAAAUUCUACCUAGCAGAGCUGGCUCUAGCUCUGGAUCACCUCCACGGAGUGGGCAUAAUAUACAGGGACCUCAAGCCAGAAAACAUACUAUUGGACAGUGAAGGUCACAUAAAGCUAACAGACUUUGGGCUAAGCAAGGAAUCAAUUUUUGAUGAGAAGAAGACCUACUCUUUCUGCGGGACAGUGGAGUACAUGGCACCAGAGGUGGUCAACAGGAAGGGCCAUGGCACUGCGGCCGACUGGUGGUCGUACGGGGUGCUCAUGUUUGAAAUGCUGACAGGAGCUUUGCCUUUCCAAGGUGCAAACAGAAAAGAAACUAUGACACAAAUUCUCAAGGCUAAACUUGGCAUGCCACAGUUUCUUAGUCCAGAAGCUCAGAGUUUAUUACGGGCAUUAUUUAAAAGAAAUCCUGUCAACAGACUUGGUUCAUUGCCAAAUGGCAUAGAGGAUAUCAAGAAACAUGCAUUUUUCAGCACCAUUGACUGGGAGAACCUCUUCAAACGUGCAGUCAUGCCGCCAUUUAAACCUGCUGUGGUGCAAACUGACGAAGUCUUCUACUUUGACCAAGAAUUCACAAACAGAACACCAAAAGAUUCCCCCGGCAUUCCCCCCAGUGCUACUGCUCAUGAACUGUUCCGUGGAUUUAGUUUUGUAGCCCCUGCUUUACUCGAUGAAAACAUCAAACCAAACAAUCCUCUAGAUAAUCAGAAAAAUUUAGCAAAGUUACCGGGUGUGAAGAGCUGCAAGUUUUCAGAUGAAUAUGAACUGAAAGAAGAUAUUGGCAUAGGCUCCUAUUCAGUGUGUAAAAGAUGUGUGCAUAAGAUGACUGGGAACAGCUAUGCAGUCAAGAUCAUGGACAAGGAGAAGAGGGAUCCUUCAGAAGAAGUAGAGAUUCUCUUGCGGUUUGGACACCAUGCCAAUAUCAUUACACUACGAGAUGUGUUUGACAAUGGCACCAAGGUGUACAUGGUGACAGAGCUAAUGAGAGGUGGGGAGCUACUUGACAAGAUUCUACGACAGAAAUUCUUCUCUGAACGCGAAGCCAGUGCUGUGUUACAAAUUGUUGCAAAAACAGUGGAAUAUCUUCACAAGAAUGGGGUUGUCCAUCGAGACUUGAAGCCUUCCAACAUUUUGUAUGCUGAUGAUACCGGAUCCCCAGAAAGCCUGAGGAUAUGUGACUUCGGCUUUGCUAAACAGUUGCGUGCUGAGAAUGGCUUGCUCAUGACACCAUGCUACACUGCCAACUUUGUGGCACCAGAGGUUUUGAAGCGACAAGGGUACGAUGCUGCGUGUGAUAUUUGGAGUCUUGGUGUCCUGCUCUACACCAUGCUGGCUGGACACACACCUUUUGCCAAUGGCCCAAAUGACACACCUAAUGACAUUUUAGCACGGAUAGGGGAAGGAAAGUUCACAUUAUCAGGCGGGAACUGGGACUCCGUGUCGGCACCUGCUAAGGAUCUGGUUCAACGCAUGCUGCACAUCGACCCCCAUCGCCGACUCACUGCCACACAGGUGCUUAACAACCCUUGGAUAGCACAACGAGAUAGCUUACCCAACUUUAGACUCACAAUUCAAGAUGCACAGUUAAAGGGAGCAGUGGCAGCCACAUUCAAAGCAUUGAGCAAUGCCCCCAAACCUGUGCUAGAACCAGUAGGUGCCUCCCGCUUGGCUCAGCGUAGGGGAAAGAACAAACCCAAGAGUUCAACAGCGGUAUAACCUCCAUAAACCCUCACCAUGGAGCACUUUCAUCAGUAUAAGUCACUAUACAACGUAGUCAGGAGGAGAAGCAGGCAGGCCAGCCAACCAGCUGGAGCAGGCAGUGGGCAGUAGGCAUGGAGUUACAUUGGUCAAAUACAAUUGGACAACUACUUGACUUUGGUCAUUCGGUUUGAGUUACGCUGGCUGUUGUUUGAUAUACAGACAAAGCCCUGCCCACUCUGAUUGGCUGCCUGAAAAGGUCACAGUUCUCUCCCUUGACAAAUUCUUCCAUUCAGACUUCUUUACAGAACUAAUAUAUAUAUGAGUGCUUUGAAGUAUUUAUUUUCAGAUGUUGUUAGAUGAUGUAUUCCUGAGAACUAACUGAAUGAAGCCAGUAUCUCCAUAAUGGGAGAAGUAUUUUCUCCGAUGUGUGCUAAUGCCAUUUGACCCUAUCCAUGUUAGAUGUGUUCUGAGCUAUGUAAGAGUUUUGUGAGUGACAGGAGCAAGUUGACCUGUCAUGGCAUCAACUGUGACAACCUGAAACUGUGAUGAAGAACUCUGCUGACUAGAGUAGAGAUUCGUGUCUGAACUGACCAAGUUUGUCAUCUCACCAAUCAUCAGAGGAAGGAGGAAACACCAAAGUUAAAAAAGAAUCUACUAAUACACACUAAGAAAAGCGUGUGAAACAAGUUAGCGUUCCGUAGAGCUGUGUUCAGAGAUGAGCUGCUGGGUAGUCUUGAGAAGGUAGUUGUAACAUGGGACCCCUGUGAAACAGGGCUCUGUUCCACAGAUGAGCUGGUGGGUAGUCUUGGGUAGGUGUUUGUGACAUGGGGCUCUUCCUGUGAGACAGGGCUGGAUUCCACAGAUGAGCUUGUGAGAAGUCUUGAGAAGGUAGUUGUAACAUGGGGCUCCGUGAGACAGGGCUCUGUUCCACAGAUGAACUGGUACAUGGGGCUCCGUGAGACAGGGCUCGUUCCACAGAUGAACUGGUACAUGGGGCUCCGUGAGACAGGGCUCUGAUGAGCUUGUGAGUAAUCUUAAGAAGGUGUUUGUAACAUGGGGCUCCUGUGAGACAGGGCUGGAUUCCACAGCUGAGCUGGUGGGUAGUCUUGAGAAGGUGGUUGUAACACUGUGCUCCUCCUGUGAGACGGGGCUCUGUACACUGUGGAAGCUAUUGAUCCCCUAGGACAUAUGUGUCGGUAAGCAGAGCUCCAGUCUACAUGGAUAACAGUAUGUCAGCUCAACAUUAAAAUCUUGUGUUUGAUGAAAGGUGAAAGAAAUGUAGUUAAUUUUACAUAUCAGACUUAUCAUGAUGUUGACAAUGUAACCAUGGUAUACCCAUGCUUGUUACAUCAGAGGUGUUUUAAGGCUGAAAAAGAAAUGUUGGUUCUCAGGCAUUCUCCAGUCAUGAAAACAUUCAAGUAUUAGGAUUUAGUUCUAUUUACUAUACCAAUACCCAGGGUAACAUCCUAUCAAACAUUGGAAUGGACCAAUGGCCGUCUCUUAUUAGUUCUACUUAACUGAGGUUCCUGGUGGGCAGUGUUCAUGGCCGUUCUUCAUUGGGCAUCACCCACUCCUCUGUAAAUAUGUUUUCAUGUUGCCACUUCACUGAUGAAGCCAAAACUUGGUGUACAUAUUCCAUUCAACAUCCUGACAUUGAAUUUUGUUCAAGUGGUUGCAAUCCGUUUGCUGCUUUCAAAAACUUUCUGCAACCCCAAGGAUGGUAACAAUCGAUGAAAAUAAGAACUAUUAUCUGUAUAAUUUUGACGGAUAGAUACAUGUCACAAGACAUAUUGAGAUAAAAUAUGCUGACAAAAACUAUCCCAUUUUGUCUUUUUGGGUUGACGUUAUAGGCUGUUGAUGUGAACAUAAUAAAUCUAACACCAGUGCCCCACUCGUAUUUAGACUGACUGCACGAGAACCAAUUGUUUUCAUUUUCUUAGCCUAAUUUGACGUAGAAUUGCAUGAACCGUAAGACCUCCUAGGAACAGGUUUGUGUCAAUAUCAUCAGCUGCCAAAUGGCAGGCAUUUUUCUUCAAACUGUGAUGAAAAUACUAAUCAAACUCACAAGCCCACAAAUGCAUAAUCCAUUUAUAUAAACAAGGGCACCAAUCAGAUGAAGCGUGCACGAAAACAUGUUGCUGAUAAUGAACUUUGUUUUUAUUGCAUAGACAUGACGUGUGUCAUUAUUACCCUACAAUAUACCUAGCUUCACAUUUCCAUGAACUGUAUGUCAUUAUCAGACUUGUACAUAGGCUGUACAUUCAUAAGCAUAUGUUGUUAACAAAACUAUGUAACCAUCUGCAUAUAUGAAUAAAAUCAAAUAAUUUCUUAUCUACCAUAUACUUCCUAUAACUUUAUCUUAGAUCUGGUCAUAUGCCUAUAGAUGCUAGAGCAAGUCGUGGCAGUGUAGAUUGUUCAUUGGUUGCACACAUUGCUGCUUACUGAAAAUACCUUCGAGUGUAGUUGGGAGUUGAAGAUAUGGAUUCUGUUAAGAGCUACAGUCAUUCCCAUAAGACCAUUGUUUCAUCAUUGUCUCCAUUUAGCUCUUUUGUCAAACACAUUCUCCUCCAGACUAGGAAUAUUGCCUUGAGACUACAUUUGAAUGUCUAUGAUAUUAAGUCAUGUGCUUGUAUGUCUGUGUUCAUUGUAAUUGUGUUGGACGCUUUACAAUUAACGGGGUAAUAAUAACAUGGAAGAGAGUUUUCAAUAUGUACCUACAAGAAUUCUUAUACAAAAGAACUAGCUGGAUAGAAUUAUCUUAUAGGCUGAUUCCAAUGGAAGCCACAUGGAUUCAAUUUCCCAUCCCUUUACUGUAUGUGCUGUUACUGGCAAAGGACAACACAGAAGACAUGGUUUGGGGACAAUGUGGCCAGAUGUAAUUGCUGAGACAAAUUUCCAUUUCUAUGAUUGCCCUCGUACAUCAGACAUGGAAUGCAGUAUAAGAAAUGGGCUGUGGGUAGUAGGGCUGGGACGCGUCCAAAUUCACUACCCGGGUACCCACCCACCUAUUACCCGACCCUAACCGGGUACCCACUGUUAGUCUCAAGAUAAAGGUACAAAAUGUCCGAUUGGUCAUAGUUUUACUGUAGCCCUGGACAAAUUGUAUUUAGAUACACGUAUUAAUCGAUCUGCUCAUGCGUACACUGACGUUGACUGAAGUUUUAUCUUUAUUCAGAAAAAUGCGAACAUGAGUGACUUGUAGUGUAACAUAUAGCAAGAUCAUUUUUGUCAUUAAACAAUAUAUCACAUGACCAACCACGGGUCCGGGUAGUCCUGUGGGUACCCGGGUCCUCAGUACCCAUCCGACCCGAGUACCCGAGUUACCCGUCCCAGCCCUAGUGGGUAGCCUUGUGUGUUUGCUUGUCAGACGAAUCUUGGGUUUGAUUCUCCACAUGGGUACAAUGUGUAAUGCAUUUCUGGUAUUCCCUGCCACGUUAUUGCUGGAAUAAUGUUUAAAGCUCUGUAUGAGAAACAUCCACAUGCAGCAUAGUUAAGACUAAAGUUCGUAAAGGUUAAGAAUAGAAGUCAUAACCCUAAAAUUUAGAAAGUAUGUUUCACAGAGCGAAUACUGGUGAGUUACUUUAAACUGGUAUGGCUGUGUCAGAUGUGCACCUUCCUCUUCAGUACCUUGACCAGAUCUGUGAAGAUUUAUCAAGAAAACAGCAGACACAUGUUGAGAGAUGUGAGACGCCAUUUGGUAGUUCUACUCUGGUGCAAAUAGUGAUGACAUACAUUUGGGCUGAGACUGCAGCCUUUGUUCUGUGACACCAGCAUAUAUCAGCGACAUUCACCCCCAUUGAAUCAAUUCAUCUCGGCUUUCAGACUUAAACCAAAAUGUGACAAUCCUGCAAAUUAGACCUUCUGUCAUCAAUAGUAUAAACAUGAGAGAAGCAAUUGUUUGUACUUUUCAGCCGUUGCUUUUUCUUAUUGACAAAUGUGUUGCUGUGGCCAUCACAUGGCCUGUCUGAGGCCACCUGGACCAUUCCUCUUCCUGGUGUCCUGUCGACUAUUAAAAAGUGAGGAACUCUUUGUUCUUCAGCUCUGUCGUUUUUCAUUCAGAUUUACUUGUCCAACAUUUCCUAGUUCAACAUCACUUUCUAUGUGUUGGGUGAAAAGCAUGGUUCGGAAGAAGUUCCCUAUAGUUUGUGACCUGCAAACUAUUGUCACCAAGAAAAACCUGAAUAUAUUUGCACAAUCCAGACCAACUUUUUUUUAUCUGUUGUAUGUCUGUCUAGCUAUUUUAUUGAACAUAUCUGCAGCUAGCAUUGAGCUUUCAAGAUUUGAUUUUUUUUCCACGUUAUGAACACAAGAUGAAUUUAGAGUAGUUGUCCUUUUCCAUGUUUAGAUAUUACAAUUGUAAUACAAAUACAUGGCUUUGCUCAAACAAUAAUUUUUAUUGGCUGAAAUAUGAUGUUGUUACCACUCCCAAUGCUGUCUGACGAACGUAUUUGCUUGAUUGGUUGGGAUACACGUAGAAUGUUUUUUCUUUGCUAUAAAGGCAUUUAAUUGUAGUUCAUGUGAAUCAGAUUCUUGAGGCACAUCCACUGAUCAUGAGAGAUGUUAAAAAUGGGGAUUUUAUGGUCACAAUGGUGGCUGGGUGUGAUUUGUCUGUAGGACGACCAAUUCUGUGUCUGCCUUAGAACCAUUACGUCAUGGGUUGUUCCACACACGACGGCUAGGUUGUCAGGCGCACACUUUCACACAUGCCAUCAUUAGGACAUUGUUUUAUUUAUUGAUCAGAUGUUUCUACCAAAGUCAGAAAUUGGAGAGAGGAAAAAGCAUUUACAUAUACCUCACCGAAGUACCUCCAAUUUUCGAACUCAUGUGCAUUAAAUGUUGGCAAUCUCGAAAGGCCAAGGGAGGUAAUUUCCACAAAAACCUUUGAUCAAAGACAAGGGACAGAACUCCUGAUUUAUUGUGCACUGCAUAAAUAAUGAAUUAUCAAUUUGGUGAAAAGUGAAUGUAAAAUUGGGUAUUGUAGUAUUGAUAUUGAUGAUUUUAUUAAGCUACUGAGUGACCACAAAUGGUUUUCGUGUGUGUCUUGUUGGGGAAAAAACUAAAUUUUUGUAUUUUUGGUAAAUUAGUGGUCCAACAAAUAACAAAAAUGGCCUUACAUAACAUUAUUAUCUCCGACUUGUUACACACCAUUCACUCUGCUCUCUUUACCUUUACUUUUUCGGAAGUAAGCGAUAAGUGGAAUUCAUGGCUUCAUUGUGAAGUUUAAUCUGUUGCUAUGACUAUAAUGACAAUUGCUGAAUAGUGUGUGAGGCAAUGUGAUGUAGUCAAAUGAGGUUGUCGUUUUGUCUGCGAGAAGGAUACGUGAAUCGCCUACCAUUACAAUAGUGCUUUAUCUACCCAUAAUUGUGUUUACCUUAUGUAUAUACAUUAUUGAUAAUUACUCAGAUUUUUUAAAACAGUUAUCAGUGUGAUAAGGAUUAUUGUCUAAGAAGACAAAAUUUUAUUGUUAUCCUGUUUUCUUUGUGUUUUGUGUUAAUGUUGUGUUUAUUAAUGCCCCAUUCUGUUACAUGUAUAUUGAUGUUUCGUUUUGCCUUGGAUUUGCUGUUAGUUUUAGGAUGCUGAAACUAAUUUGGAGGCAGGUGGGUGAUGUGAAGGUUUUGAAUAAUGAUGAUGUUGAUGAAAACUUAAUGCUUCCUUAGUUACACUUAGAUGAAAACAAGUUAGGUUUCUGCUAAUCAGAAAUGGCAACAUGCUGGCUUUUACAGUGCUGUGCAGUUUGGUAUGUGGUUUUGUUAGUUCUGGUUUUGCCACAUGAAUGCAAGAGGGUAUUUAUCCACAACUGGCCUAAAUAUCUGUCCUCAAACCUUAUUAAAAGAGAUUGAAUCGAUGUUGACAGUAUUAUAAGUAUUUGCUUAGCUUUAAGGCUGAUGUUUUGUAUGAAAUGGCUUAUACUUUAUCAUGAUUUUCUAUUUUCCAAAACAGUAGUUUAAUCUGCCCAACUUCGUGUGUGCAAUGGUUUGAUCUAUUUAACAUGGAAAUGCCUCUUUCCUUUUAAAGCUCUUCCCAUGAAUGACAAAGUCCAUGUUUUUGGUGUGUGUGUAUUUGUAUGCUGUUACAAAUAAUGUACAAACUUCUGCCAAAUUUCAUUCUCCUAUUUGGGGGCACGGAUGACCCAGUCAUCUGAGGUCCUGCAAAUUGCUGUGCAGAAUAGCAUCCCCAUCAUUGUGGGUUUGAAUCCUGGUUCACCCCGAUUCUGUUUGUCAGCACCCUGCUCGUGGGUAUCACCUAACUGAUAAACAUGCAUGACCUGCAUCACAUCAGGCUUUCCUCCAAUAACAAGCUGACAUGACACUGAUUCUACCGAAACACUGUUCAAAACAGCGCUAAAAAACAAACUCACUUCUUGUACAAUCAUGGCAAAAACUUACUAUUCAUUACCAUUGUUACCAAUGUUCUGUUUGAUCUGAGUGCCCCGUUUAGCUGGCAGGUGUUUAAUGGUCGUGUAUGUUGUACAGUUCAUAUUGCAUCCACCCACUGAUUCAGAGUUUUAAUCAGGUGAUCUCAUUUCUUGUCCGGCUUUAUCUUCUCUUGCCAUUGUUGGCUGUUCAAGUUUCAGAGGAAGAUAUUUAUCAUGAUUGUCCUCUUGCAAUCAGGUUGAUGGUUGGUGGUGGAUGUAGGUUGCUGGCCACACAAUCACCUCAAGUAAUUGAGAUAUGGAGACAUUAAAUAAAACAGUAUUCACCAAAUCUCCAUCCAGUUUACUUUAAGAACAUUACUGGUGAUUUUUAUUUGGAAAUUACUUUUUUUUAAUUAUUUAAAAAAAAAAAAAGCCAAAUAGAAACACUUCAAACUUUAAAACUAUAGGCACCAAUUUCUUUAUCCACCAUUUUUUAUUCUGAGGUACUCAUAAGAUUCUUAACGGUUUCAAACAAGUUUGUUCAGCAAUGUAGGUGAUGGAUAUCUCUAGAUGCAACCUGGUUUCCAUAUCAUACGACUUCAUUUAUAUUGACAAUAUCUUGUGUUAAACAAUGUUUAAAGUGCGCAUUUACUAAAACGUGACAGAGACUUGGUACAUCAAGUCUUCCUAUUUAAUGUAGGUCGGUUCAGUCUUGCUCAUAAUGGCAUGUGCUGAGUGUUGCAUAAUCCUUUACUGGCCAAAGUAAAACUUGAGCAAGGAGAGUUUGCUUGUUCAUCGUUAACCUGUUUUGUACAUUUCCAAUGAAUUUAGGCAGUCCAAUGACUAUUUGUUAGUAUUUAUAAUAAUUGUUUUUCAAGUGUGUAUUGUGGUGAGCACAGAAAGUAAUAGGGAUAUCAAGAUGUAUGGAUCAAAGUAUUUUACUUGCAACCCAUCCUCGAUUACCCAGGGCACUCUGUCUCCAUUCCAUUAUGAUAAAUACCCUGGACUAAUUCGCCACCAUUUUGCAAGUGAUGUCCCCACCCCUAUUUCCCCUUUUUCUUAGCACAGAAUUUCUCCCGCUUGUGAGAGUAAUUUGGUUUGACUGCUAUUUUUAACCUUGUGCUAUUUAAAUCCAACUUGGAACAAGGCAUAUUAGUAGCAUAGCAUAGUGAUAGCAUAUGAGUACAGAAUAUUUAUCAUGAUGGAGAUGCAGUUCCCUGGUUAAUCAAGGAUGUUUGCAGCCCAGCAGUGAGGUAAUCUGUGUGUGUGUGGUAGUCAUUGUUCUCCAAGAGGAUAUACUGAUUACCAGAAACAAUGUUUGAUUGUCUUAAUGUGUUUAGCCAAAUGAUUGUCAAGUUGGUACCUGUGGAUUGUUAUCAGAAGAAACAGGGUUCAAUUUAUGUUCACCCUUUUUGUUCUACUUUGGACCAUCCAGUAACUGUUUUGAAAGUAUUGUAUUGUGAAAAGGCUGAAAGACAUGUCUCUUAAUACGUUCUCCUUUUUCUCCUGAAACAUUUCACCUACAGUUGUUAGCCCUGACAUGUCAGUGCGCUGAGACUUGGUCAUGGGUGUUGAAAUCCUGUUUUCAUGCUCAAAGACAUUUGUUGGUUUAUGUGAAAUUGAUUAGAUGUGUGUUUGAUUUGAUCCCAGAUUUUGAAAAUAUUCUUCACACAUUUAACAGGAAUGAACAUGGUGAUAUGCAGUAGAUUGUAGAGAUGGACCAAGCACAUUAUCAAAUCUAUCUUAUAGAUGUACAUUGAUUGGCUUAUCAUCAUUGCUUGAAUUUGUUAUUGGGAUUACAGAACAUGUUCAAGAUAUGUGUUUGCUUGUCUGGACCAGUAAGGUUGACAAAAGUUAUAACUCAAACUCCUACCUUCCCAGAAUACUGAAGUCCGUGGGAAUACCACAUAUCUGUACAAGGGACACACUUAUUGAAGGGCAUUCUACUUGGGAAUAUGAUCUUGCUGAAAAGAAAUAUUGACUGAUUUUACCAUUGUCAGUCCAACAUAAUUAAACUGGAAGCUACUACAUCACAUUUGCUGUUAUUCCAUUUUGACUCAUGAUGCAGGGAUGUCCGUGUUAGUCAACUGAACAUAUUCUUGGUUCUCAGGCAUUUUUAUUUGCAUCAGUAAAGAACAUUCUACAUCAGAGUUCUUGCUGUUUUGGGAGAAAGAAAAAGGUUUUCUGCAGCAUACGUUUUUAUACAAUUAGAUAGGCAGCCGUAUAGGCUGAUAAGCAAUUUGUGGCUUUUAAGCUAUUAGUAUCUUCAUAUGGCUGGCUCUUGUCUUAUUUUCUGUAUCAAUGUCUUAUUUUUUAGGGACCAUAACUAUUUGGUACAAUUAUGAAAUUAUUUAAGUUUACACUUGUUUUAUUUGUGUUGAGUUUCUGUUUCCUUGCUUUAGGGUAAAGCAAACAAGUGCCAUGGUAAUAGCCUAAGCCAUGAGUAAAAAGGUCAUAGUUGAUUGGUCACAAGGACUCGUACAUCAAUGCUUCUACUGCCCAAUUUUCAAUAUAUGUAAGAUUUUUACUUGCAUUUAUUUUGACUGACUGUAGGUCAGCUAUGCUGUAGAUUAUUCUGUCAGUAUUGUCCUAGAAGAUCGUGCACAUUUUGCAAGCGAUGUGGCCUUUUUUCAGCUAUGUAGCAGUUCUGUGUUGAGUGACCAUGUAGUUGUGGAUAGCUUCUAAGAAUGGUGUACACCAACUGAAUAUGCAAAUCUGUGGCUGGACCACAGGGGAAUUUGAUGUACUUGUAUGGUGUUUGUUGUGACUCUAAGGCUCGUAAUAUUGGACUUCCUUCUCCAUUGUUCAAAUUGACUAAGGAAUAGUUGUCAUGAUUAUGCAGAAUGUUAAAUAACUUUACAAAUGUGUGGACUUAUCAUUUAUUUUGUUUUGAAACCAUCCAAACAUCUGUAUGCAAAUUUCAUAAAGUUGACAUUUUCAAUAUUUCUGGAAUGUCUGAAGUGUAGUCUACGUUGCACAUAAACAAAAUGGGGGCAGUCGGGUAGCCUAGUGGUUAAAGCGUUUGCUCGUCACGCCGAAGACCCGGGUUCGAUUCCCGACAUGGGUACAAUGUGUGAAGCCCAUUUCUGGUGUCCCCUGCCGUGAUAUUGCUGGAAUAUUGCUAAAAGCGGCGUAAUACCAAACUCACUCACUCACUCACUCACUCACUCACUCACUCACUCACCAUAAACAAAACAAAGUUGUGAACAUAAAAUAAAUGUAGAUCAACAUGCUCUUGGCCAACUAUUAGGAACCAAUGUUCAGGCAUGUAAGGUCACAUUGAAUAAGAAAAUUAGCAUUUCUCUAGGACUUGUUUCAACAACACUUAGUUGAUUCUGUGGUUUAAUACAAAAUAUGGCUACUUUAGAUACACAAUGUGGUUCUCUAUACAAAAUAGUGGUUCAGUUUCACUACUGGUAGUUGUGUAAUAGUUUUAUAGAGUAUAUUCAACCUAGAGAUCCAGUUGGAAUUUAAUUAUUGUUACAUCUGUAGGUAUGAUGUAUCAGAUUGCAUCAUCUAAAUACAGUUAUAUAUAUAUAUAAAUUAUUUUCUAAGGAUAACAGAAUAUUACCUUUGAUAACUGCUCUUACCUCUAUAUGCAAUAUGUAUUGAUUUGUGCCAGAUAUGUACAUACAUCUGUUCCUGCAUAAUCUCUGCUGUGUAUUUCCUUCCAGACUUGCACAGAGCCUCUCACUAUCUGGGAGAUGUUUAAGUUGGUGCUGCUGGAAAAAUGGAAAUCUUGAUGGUUUAGAGUGCUUAACAAUACAUUUGGAUAUGCAUAUGGUGUUUUGCUCAAAGCAAAGAUUUGUUGGCCAGAUUUUCAGGUACAUAUAUGAUGACAUUUAAUGGGGAAAACCUCUUGCCUAAAAAAAAUGAGAUUUUCCCACCACAGCAACACAGAUAACAGGCAUCAUCAUUUUGAAUGAGCAACCUAUGCUUGUCGUAAAGUGACAAAAUGUAUCUCAUGGUCAGAUUCAGUGACAUCGUACACCAACAACAUGGUUUGAUGUUCAUGAUAUCAAUCACUGGAUUGUCUGAUCCAGACUCGGUUAUUUAAUGCCACUGUCGUAUAGCUGCAAUAUUGCUGAGUGCGGCAUUGAAAACAAUAACACAUUACUUUUCUUUCGUUCAAGUUGUGUUGAUUUGCCAAGACAAAGACUGUGUCAAACUCAAACUCAGAUUUCUACUUCAUUGAGUUAUGAAAGGAACACGAAAGGUCUAAGCCUGUAGCACCAAUGUAAACAUCACUCAGUGUGUGGUGUGCCUUUUGAUCCCACCUUUGGUCGACAAUUAGCUUCUCUACAUAGUGCUUCAGUCCUAGUGCUCAACAAGUGUAAGCCAUGUUUCUUGAAGAAUGACUAGAUUGGUGCUUCUUCCCUUCUUAGGACUGUAUGGUUUCCAUUAUGAAAAACUGUCUGAUACAUCUUCAUGUAUUAAAGACAAGAAAUAAAUAUUCUUGUAUAUUUAA